CUCGGUUUGCCCCAGUCCUGACCAAGCCUCGGGAGGAGCUGGAGGUGCUCACCCUGGCCCUGUGCCGUAUCCAUUAAGCUGGUCCCAGCCCCUGUCUGGAGAUGGCCCUGCUUCUCCUCCUCCUCGGGGGCUUCUGGAUCCAGGUGAUGAGCAGCAGCCCAGAUCUGCAGAACAUAACGGUGGUGACACCUACCGCCCCACAUAGCAAGGUCCCAGGCACUUCCGAGACCUUGAGAGUCAACCAGGCAACCUCUACUAGGCCAGACACAGUGGACCUCAUGGAGGCUACCAGCAGCUGGAGUCAGAGACUAUCCCUACCCUUCCAAACCACCUUUGGAACUGCUGAAUUGUCUUCUCUUGGGACUCCCGCUGGUGCUAGCGUGAGCACCCCUGUACCUGAGCCUACAAACUCCCAGGAAGUUUCCAGCAAGGUAUCAGUGAAGCUUCCAGAACCAUCAGAUGUUUUCAGUGACCCUCCUGCCACCACAGCCAAUCCCAUGACAGACAAAACUGGGACAUCUGCCUCUCUAGAAACCUUUAAAGGGGCAAGUACACCCCCCGUUGCCAUGACAACCAGCUCCAAUGAGACCAGUGGACCUUCCGUGGCUACAAGAAUAAGCUCCAAGACCAGUGGUCCCCCUGUCACCAUGACUACUGGGUCUCUGGGUCUCUCCAGUGAGACUCAUGGACUCCCUGCCACCAUAGCAACCAGUUUUGUGGAAAGUUCUAGUGUAACGGGUGGCACCCCAGUCUCCGGCAUAAAAAUAUCCAUGAUGUCUACCCCGGAGCCCAUAACCACCAGAGCGCCACGCCAGGGAUCAAGUGGCAUGUUGUUAGUGCCCAUGCUUGUGACCCUGCUAGUAGUUUUGGCCCUCGUGGCACUCUUGCUGCUGUGGCGCCGGCGACAGAAGCGGCGGACUGGGGCCCUGACCCUAAGCAGGGACGGAAAGCGCAAUGGGGUAGUGGAUGCCUGGGCUGGUCCCGCCCGGGUUCCUGAUGAAGAGACAGCAAUAGCGUCAGGGCCAGGGGGCAACAAGGGCUCUGAGACCCUGGAGACGGAGGGGUCGGGCCAGCGGCCCACGCUCACCACUUUCUUCAGCAGACGGAAUUCCCACCAGGGCUCUUUAGUCCUGGAAGAGCUGAAGUCUGGGCCAGGUCCCAACCUAAAGGGGGAAGAAGAGCCGCUGGUGGGCAGUGAGGAUGAGGCUGUGGAAACCCCCACUUCCGAUGGGCUAGAAGCUAAAGAUGGGGCUACACCUCAAAGCGUAUGAGCAACAGGAGGUCUUCAACCGACCUGCUCCUUAACCCCGGAUCCUGCUCGAGCAUCCUCACACUUGUGAAUAUUUGUGAACCAAGUGCACUCAUUCAUCCAUCCAUCCAUUUAUUCCCUGCCCCCUCCUUCCUCCGUGCUCCCUUUGGAACCAGUCGCCGAAUCUCCAUGAGAAUUAUCUUAAUUGACCCACCAUUUCUCCAAGGAUCCGCCUUGGGCGUCUGCGGUCUGAUGAGAAGAAUGAAGUAAUAAACCAGCAAACUUCCGACGAUGAAACUUUGUGACGUACAUGCAACCCCCAUAGGGUACCUUCAGGACUUCCGUUGCUCAGGGGCCAGCUUAGAGACUAGAUGGGGCCAUCUGACAUGCUUCUGGGUGACCUGUGACCUGUGACUUUCCCCCAGAGCACUCUGGCUGGUAGCUGCUGGUGGAGGCUGCCAGAGAUCGGCCGCUUCUCCUUGGGACAGAGAUGAGAGUUUCUGGUUCCAAGAGGCCCCGGCACCUGCUGUGUCCACUCCGAGGUGUGGAUUGUGUGUGAGGUGUGACCCUUAGGUGGUGGUUGUGAGCAGCACUGGUGACUGCAGGGUGGGGAAGAGCAGGGCAGGGGCUGGCAAAGCGUUCCUCCAAAGUGAGGGACACAGGGACUCCUGGGAACACAGGACCUUCAUCUUGCUCAGACAGGGUAGGAACAGCUAAGAGCCUUAAGCCGUGUGCAGCCUCCAAGAGAAUGCAAACUGGAUGGGGGCUAAGCUGUUAUACCCUCCUUUCAAAGGUGCCCUCCCACCAACACCCACCCACCCUGCGCACACGCAAGAAGAGGAGAGGCGGCCACCCACGUGGGGACUGCGUGCUGCCGAACCCUCUGGCCUUGAGGCCUUUCCCCUACAGGCUUGGUUUGUCUGCUUCCUCUCCCAUUCCAAGGCUGAGGUCCUUCCCUUUUCUAAGUGAGAGGGAGUUAGAUGGGAAGACAGACCCAGGGGUGGGACAUGGGUCCAGGGACUCCCUGAGGGUCUGAGGUAGAGAGGGGACAGGCCCCAAUCCUGCUGCUUCUGAUCCAUCAGCCUCUGAUACUGGCCCAGUGGCAACCCAAGUGGACAAGUGGUCCACAGGUGGUGGCUGGAGGAGAUUUGCAAGAGGAAGUUGUUGAGUCAGAAGGCACAGUCCUUGAGAACAGACUGACCUACAAAAAGAGAUGUGUGAGUGUGGUUGUGCAUGGCCUGGAUGGGGGAGGGAAAGGGGGAAUGGAGCCCAGGCGGCUCACCUGUUGUAUGUGGGAAGAGGGGAGACAAGGAGGGGAAAGGGGCACGGAUCAGCUGCCACCACCUCAAGCUGUCACUGCCGCCUCCUUUAGUCUGUGGGGAAGAGGAAAGGCUGAGAUGGACACCCAUGGGCCGCAUUGAACCGUUUCUACUGCACACCAGGUGCUGUGUGGACCGAGUGUGGCAGGGACGGUAGGUUUUCCAAGCCGAGUGCCCCAAUUUCAGGGCUAGAGGGUAAUGCCACCAAACUGAGAGGUCGAGCGCUCUGACUCCUUCAUGUUCCACAGCCAUUUCCUGGGCUGUUUCUGGUUUUCGGGUGCAGGGGGGGUUAGAGGAAAUGAGUAGUGAUGGGGGUGGUACACAACAGGACUUCGGUCCAGACAGGGGCAGAAUGUUCCGAGUGCUAAACUGAGUGACAGGUGAAAAUGUCACAAGGGCACCAAAAAAAAGGAAGUGUCAAACUGCUUCUAAAGGAAGGCAAGGAGGCUUCAUGGUUGCCCCGGGGUCCCAGCUGCGCUGCAUGUCCUAUCAGCUCCUGGGCCUGGCAGAAGCGGGUGUUCAGUGCACAUUCAUGUGAGUGGAUGGAUGACUGAAUGAGUGCGUGGAGGGAGGGAGGGAUGAAGAAAUGAGGCUUUGGAAGCUAAGAAUGGCAAAGGUACUUUUAGCACGAGGACUAGAGGGUUGCAAAAGUAUGUAAGGGAGCAGGGAGCGUGGUGGGACAGGAUAGAUGGAUGUCCUUCAGCUCAGUAGAGGAAAACCAGUAGCAAGCAAUAUAUAAACCCAAAAAGAGAAAAAAAUAAAGUAGGUAAACAGAAACAGAGACGUAAGACGUGACAGCAGUUUCAACUCGAUCAGUCAUGAAAUGAUUGCAAAUGGCUUGUGUUUGUGACAUCCUUGCCACGUUUUCAGCAACUGUGAUAACCUCAGAAAUGAUCUCAGCUGACAUGGAGAAGGAAAAGGAUGUUAUUAAUCUGUAAAUACAUUUAUAAUAAAAGCUACAUCUCAAAUGUGUAGUGUGGGGAAUUUAAGUGUGAUUUUCAACUUUGCUUUUCUGUGGUUUUCAAGUUUUACGCAAUAAAUGUGUUUACUUUUA